AUGUUACCUCAGGACUCUGAUUUGAUGGCUCAAACAUGCCAGCAAAUCCAUCAGCCUGAUUUCUUUUUUGUAUACGUCUUGGUAUGGGUUGGAAAAGAUGCAGCAGAUGUGAGAGCCGUGAAAGUUUUGCGGCUGGGAGGCCAGUCCCAGGCUGUGCUGGAGGAGGAAUGGAGGCAGUUAAAAUCCAUGCGAUGCAAUAUCAAGACGAUGUUUACCUUGAAUACAGCGUGUACUGCUUGUGCUGUAGCGCCUAAAACGUUGUGUCCAAGAGGCUGGUUAAAGACCACCCAAGGAUUAGGAGUGAGGGACUGCAGAUACACUGUCAAGUUAGGAGAAAUUACCCUUUCCCAGCCAGGGUGCUAUCACAUAUGUAAGAAGGAAAUUGAGGAGAAAAAGUGCUGUCCGGGAUUCUGGGGUACGGAGUGCUAUGAGUGUCCGGGUGGCUCUCAAAAUCCCUGCAGUGGCCAUGGGACAUGCUUGGAUGGCAUACAGCAAAACGGGACCUGCAUCUGCAAGGAGCAAUACAGUGGUUUUGCCUGCCAGGAUUGUCAAGAUGAAAAUCAUUUUGGCCCAGACUGUCAGUCAGUGUGUGACUGUGUUCACGGGGAAUGCAACAGUGGCGUCACUGGGAAUGGAAGCUGCACGUGCUAUGGAGGCUACACUGGCCCCAGGUGUGACCAAGAACUUCCCCUUUGCAAAGGUGUGACAUGCGAGGCCAACAGCACAUGUGUGGUAAGGGAUGGGAGAGCAAUGUGUGACUGCAAGCCGGGCUACAGAAAAAGCGGGAGCACUUGCCAAGCUCAGGAUCCUUGUGCUGCUUCUCCGUGCUCACCCUUCGCUACGUGUAAGGUUCUUGGACCACGAAAGUAUCAAUGUACCUGCAAAGAAGGAUUUCAAGGAGAUGGGAAGUUUUGCCAGCCCAUAAACCCUUGUGUUGACAGCAAUGGAGGCUGCCCAGAAAACUCUACAGUUUGUGUUUACAGACGUCCAGGAGAGUUGUCCACAUUUGAUUCUGAGGGCUAUGUCUUUGGCUCUACUCUCACUCAGGUCCUUAACUGUGUGUGUAAAGAAGGGGAGAUUGGAGAUGGCAGAAGUUGCUAUAAAGAUCUCUUGAGUGAGAUAAAUCAGCAUAAUUCACGAGGAAGGUUUGCUGGGAAAUUAAACGUCGCCAAGAAAAUGUUUGCUUCUGGUUGCUCAACGUUGCUGACCAAAUACGGGCCUUUGACAGUCUUUGUACCAUCCCUUCUUCUGAUUCAUGAUAGAAUGGAAUUUAACGAUACCACUGCUGAGGAUUUGUGCAGAAUGCACGUUGUUCCUGGUCUGCAUUUGGUAGAAGACUUGGUAAAAGCCAAGACUGUGUGGACCUUGUCAGGACAUCAGCUAACAUUCAGUAGCCAGACGUACAUCAAAUCUUUUCGAUAUCAAGACCUGCCAGGGGAACUGUACAAUGUUUUGCAGUCGAACCUACCAGCAGCCAAUGGCGUCAUGCAUAUCGUUAACAGCCUAAGGAAAACAACCAGCACUGACAACCUCAAAAACGCACAGAAAACCAUUGGUGAGAUCCUUGCUUCGAUGGAGAUCUUUAGUAGAUUUGAAACAAUACUGGAGAACUGCGGCUUGCCUGCGAUACUGGAUGGGCCAGGCCCCUUUACUGUAUUUGUACCCAGCAAUGAUGGUGUGGAUAAGUUGAGAGAUGGAAGGCUCAUUUAUCUUUUCACAGAGGGCAUAAAUAAGCUUCAGGAACUUGUGAAACAUCAUAUCUACACUUCAGCAGCGGUGACCGUAGAGAAAUUGAUAACGAUGCCACACAUUGUUACUAUGGCUAACCAGAUACUCACCAUCAACAUCAGUGCAGAUGGAAGAAUUCUGAUGGGUGAAUCAGGGAUCCCCUUAAACGUGCGAGACAUUGUGGCAUCAAAUGGUAUUAUUCAUACCUUGGACGGCAUCUUCAUCCCUCCUUCAAUAAUUCCCAUUUUGCCUCACAGAUGCAAUGAAGAGCAACAUAAAAUUGUGACGGGCUCUUGUGUGGCUUGUGAUGCCCUCAACAACAGCGUUUGCCCACCUGGCAGCAGAGAAAUGGAACCAACACUCUUCCCAAAAGAAUGUGUCUACACCCAUGAUCCACAAGGCCUGAACAUCCUGAAGAAGGGGUGCGCCAGGUACUGCAAUCAAACUGUGAUGAAACCUGGAUGCUGCAAAGGAUUCUUUGGUCCAGACUGCAUGCCGUGCCCCGGGGGAUUUUCCAGUCCAUGCUAUGGCCGGGGAAAUUGCAGCGAUGGCAUACAAGGGAAUGGCAACUGUCACUGCUUUGAAGGUUUCAAAGGAAUAGCCUGCCACAUAUGUUCAAACCCAAACAAGCAUGGCGAGAACUGUGACGAAGAUUGUGGCUGUGUGCAUGGUGUCUGUGACAACAGGCCUGGCAGCGGUGGUGUGUGUCAGUCCUGGUCCUGUAAGGAAGGCUAUAGCGGGAAGUUCUGUGACAAGACAUCCAAGAACUGUGGCCCAGGGGGGGUCUCCCAGUACUGCCACCAGAACGCUGUCUGCAGCCUCAAUGACACAGCAAGGUGCAUCUGCAUGGAUGGAUACGAAGGUGACGGGUUUUCCUGCCAGCCCAUCGACCUGUGCAGUCAGCCUGAACGAGGAGGCUGUUCAGAGAAUGCUCUGUGCACCAGUACAGGCCCGGGCACCGCCACCUGCCAGUGCAACACGGGCUGGACCGGGGACGGGAAGGCCUGCGUGGCUAUAGACAACUGCAUGCUGGAGAGCAGAGGGAACUGUCACAUCAAUGCCGACUGCGUUUAUAUCGGCCCUGGCCAGAGCAAGUGUGUCUGCAAGCGGGGUUAUGCUGGUGAUGGCUACAACUGUGAUGCAAUCAACCCAUGCCUCAUGGACAACGGUGGCUGCCAUGACUUGGCUAUUUGUGUACCCCUUGGAGGAGGAGAGAGAUCCUGCGCUUGCCCUCAAGGCUAUAUGGGUGAUGGCAUGACAUGCUAUGGGGACAUUCUAAAAGAGCUGGCCGGGAAUGCACACUUUGCAGGCUUCUACGACUGGCUUCAGAAAUCUCUCUUCAGCAUCCCAGCAGGAACCAAUGUCACUGUCCUGGUGCCAUCGGAGGCCGCUAUCAAAAACUUGAGCAAGACUGAGAAAGAUUUCUGGUUGACUCCCUACAUGCUGCCAUUUUUAGUCAGGGCCCACUUUCUUGAAGGCGUCUUCACUGGUGAAAAGCUCAAAGAGUACGACAGGCCAGAAUUACCCACCCUCAACCCACAAACCAGAUGGCAGAUAAACACCAGGAGCGGCGUAUUAACCAUCCAGAACGCAAGUAUAGUCGUCAGUGACAUCCCUGCCAGCAACGGCAUUAUUCACGUCCUCAGUAAGGUUUUGUUGCCGCCUUCAGGAGAUAUUCCACCAAGUCCUCCAGGUCUGCAAAAACAGCUCGAGACAGUUGCCUCAUUCAGCACAUUCAAGGAGUUGCUACAGCAAUACCAGCUCAUGGGAAAAAUCGAGUCCUCUGAAAAAUAUACAAUUUUUGUUCCUGGAAAUAAUUCCAUUGAGGAGUACUGCCAUGCUGCCAAUGUGACACAGUUGGACAACGAGACAGUGCAGUACCACGUUGUACUGGGAGAGAAGCUCUUGCCCAUGGACUUGAGAAGUGGAAUCCAUAAGAACAGCAUGUUAGGGCUCUCCUACUGGCUAAUGUUUUAUCAAAACAGCACCCAGAAGUUUGUCAAUAAUAUUCCUUUGGAUGGAAAAUUUCUUGAGACGAAGAAUGGCAUGUUGAUCGGGGUUUCACAAGUCCUCCAGAUACAGAAGAACCGUUGCACUGCCAAUACCACCACCAUACAAAAGUCAAAAUGCGGCAAGUGUGCAAAGGGGAUCAAGUGUCCGCCUGGAUCGGUUCUUGUGGAAUUGCCAGGAAGCAAGAAUCUCUCUCGCUGUGAGCUGCGCUCUGGGGAUACAGCAAUACUGGGCUGCCAUUUCACCUGUGCAAAAGUUUCUCUGAGAUCCGUCUGCUGUCCCGGCUACUACGGACACAUGUGCGAGAUGUGCCCAGGAAAGCCAGGCCAGUGGUGCUCUGGGAACGGGGAAUGCCAGGAUGGCAUCGAGGGCAGUGGAGAGUGCCGAUGCCUGGAGGGUUUCCACGGCACCGCCUGUGAAAUGUGUGAAGUGGGCCGAUACGGAGUUGACUGCAAAUCAGAAUGUGCCUGCGACAAUGGCAUAUGUAACGACGGACUGCAAGGGGAUGGGAGCUGCGAGUGUUUCCCAGGAUGGAAGGGCCCUACCUGCCAAGAAAGAAUCGAGAUUGACUUAUGCAACAACACUUGCCAUCAAAUGGCCAACUGCCUCAAUAGUUCUGCAGAUUCCCCACCUACAUGCUCCUGCUCUGCUGGAUACACAGGGAAUGGGACCCAUUGCACAGAAAUAGAUCCAUGCAUUAUCGAUCAUGGUGGCUGCUCCAUAUACGCUGUGUGUACUAAAGUGUCCCCAGGAGAGAGAACUUGUGUUUGUAAGGAAGGCUACGCUGGAGACGGGACGCUCUGCAUGGAAAUUGAUCUCUGUCUCGAAAGCAAUGGGGGCUGCCACACCAAUGCAGAGUGCAUUAAAACAGGCCCAAGGAAGGUUGCCUGCAACUGUCUUCCCGGUUACAGUGGGGAUGGCGUGAGCCAGUGCAACCCCAUCAACUUGUGUGAACAGAACAAUGGAGGCUGUAGUCCCUUUGGGCUCUGCAAAUACACAGGUCCUGGCACUCGAAACUGCUCCUGCUCUUGGCACAGUGUUGGAGAUGGCUUCACCUGCCAUGGCAAAGUGUAUCAGGCGGAAAGCAUCAAGGAGCUCAGUGGGGCAGGACCUUUCACUGUCUUUGUCCCACGGACAGAUUUCAUAGGAAACACCACAACGUUUGAGGAGUGGAGGAGCAGAGGUCUUCUCCGGGACCUGCUUCGCUACCACAUGGUGGGUUGCCAGAAGUUGCUGUCCAGUGACCUGGAAGCCCAGGAGUCCCUUACGUCUUUAUCUGGCCACAAAAUAAAGAUCACAGUGAAAGAGAAUAGCAUCUAUCUCAAUGAGGAAGCUAAACUGGUUGUGAGUGACAUCAUCGGUGCGAACGGGGUCAUUCAUUUCAUCAACAAGAUCCUCAUUCCGAGUGACCUGGUGGACCGAAACAUUUCCUCAAAGAUCUCACAGCAAAAUAUCACAGAAGUGGCAGAGGCCUUUGGGUACACCAUUUAUAGCAAGCUCCUGCAGGACGCGGAGCUGCUGCCACUGGUUAGUGACCCUCUGCAUAGACCCUUCACCAUGCUGUGGCCCACAGAUGCUGCGUUUAACGCCCUCUCGGAGAAAAGGCAGAGGUGGCUGUACCGCAGGGAGCAUCGGGACGUGCUGGCCUCCUACCUCAAAGCACACAUGAUCAGGGACACAAAGAUUGUUGCUGGUAACGUGCCCCAAGUCGAAUCCAUACGGACCAUGCACGGCUCCACCAUCUCGUUCAGCUGCAGCAAAACCCACGUGGGGGAGCUUCUGGUGGGGAAUGGCGAUGCCACCAUCAUCCAGAGGCACAUGGAAUUCAAUGGGGGCAUUGCUUAUGGCAUUGAUAGACUGUUGGAGCCACCGGAUUUGGGAUCUCGAUGUGAUGAGUUCGUCUUUGUUGAGCUGCAGGGAUCUACGGAGAGCUGCGGACUCUGUGGCUUCGAGCCACCCUGCCCUCCGGGCUCCGUUCAACGGGGGGGAACCAGGCGCUGCUACUAUUACGGAAACCAGCUGUUGAGAAACACUUUUCUGUUUCACCGCAACUCCCUGUUGCGGCCGCCCUCCCCGUGGGACCCCUUCAGAAGACACUUCUCUUCCAGGGGGCCUCUCAGACGAGGCUGCAAGAGGAGCUGCGUUUCCACCCAGUGGGUCCCUCAGUGCUGUGCGAACCACUAUGGCCGUGACUGUUGGGCGUGCCCAGGAGGGCUGGAGGCGCCGUGCGGUAACCGUGGCACCUGUGACGACAAAAUCGGUGGCUCAGGGAGAUGCAACUGCAGCCAGGCUUUCAUCGGGACCAGCUGCGAGCUGUGUGCGCCAGGCAGAUACGGGCCAGACUGCCGAGAGUGUAACUGUACCGAGAACGGCGUGUGCAACGGAGGACUGCAUGGUGAUGGCUUCUGCUUCUGUGCCGAGGGCUGGACUGGAGACCGCUGCGAAAUCAGACUAGUCAUGACGCCCACCUGCUCUCCACCGUGCCACCCGCAGGCCGUCUGCCGCUCCGGCAACCUCUGCGAAUGCAACCUACACUACGAAGGAGAUGGGAGAACGUGCUCAGUGAUCGACAUGUGCAGCCAGGACAACGGGGGGUGCGCCAGGCAUGCACAGUGUAUGCAGGUUGGCGUGAACGUCUCCUGUGCCUGUGCGCCCGGGUACGGAGGCGACGGCUACGUCUGCGACCCCAUAGACAGGUGUGCGGACGGUAGGAAUGGGGACUGCAGCGAACACGCCAACUGCAUCAGCACUGGGCCGAACGAGCGGCGCUGUGAGUGCAAGCAGGGCUACGUCGGUGAUGGGAUCCAGUGCCUGGAAGAGGCCGUGCCCCCCACAGACCGGUGCCUGGAAGACAACGGACAGUGCCACCGGGAGGCCAUUUGCACUGACCUACACUUUCAUGAUAAGACUAUGGGCGUAUUUCAUCUGCAGUCACCCCGAAAAAAGUACGACUUCACUUACGAGCAGGCUCAGGCGGCCUGUGCCGCAGAAGGCGCUUCCUUGGCCACUUUCCAGCAGCUCUCGGCAGCACAGCAGAUGGGAUUCCAUCUGUGCUUGGUGGGUUGGCUGGACAAUGGCACAGCUGGAUACCCCACGGCCUACCCCAACCCCAGCUGUGGGUCUAACCGAGUGGGCAUUGUGGACUACGGCCUCCGAAGCAACCUGAGCGAGACCUGGGAUGCGUUCUGCUACCGGGAGAAGGAUCUGACUUGCACCUGCCGUGAUGGGUUCGUGGGAGAUGGGUAUUGGUGCAGCGGCAAACUCCCUGAUGUGCUCGCAGACCACGCUAGCUUCUCCACCUUCUAUUCCAUGUUGCUCGAUUUUGCCAAUGACACAGAAGAAGGACUGGAUUUUUUCAUCUAUUUGUCUGAUGACUCUGCUCCUAAAACUCUCUUUGUCCCUCUGAACUCUGGCUUCGCAGACAAUGAAACACUGACAGGAGAAGAACUGAAGCUCCACGUGUCAUCCAGCAACGUCGUCCUCUUCAGCUUCAACCUCACAACGGGCACCAUCAUCCCAUCCCAGUCAGGAUAUGACCUCCAUGUAUCAGACCUCCCAGAGGGCAACAGUACAGAGCACUCAGACGCCAAGGGGAUCAAUGACACGAUGAUUGUGGAGUGGGACAUCAUAGCUUUCAACGGCAUCAUUCACGCAAUUGCAGAGCCACUGAGGAUUCCACCACCCAUCGUUCAUCUUGGUCAGGUGAACGGCGUGGCCCAGGCAUCGGGCUCCGUGGCCACAGGGACGUUGUCAGCGCUGUGCUUCGCGCUGGUGCUGGCUGCCGGUGCUGGCAUCGCCUAUUACUGCGUGAAGAGGCGGCGGCAGGAGGAGCAGUUCGGGUGCUCCUGUCCACACUACGGCCAUAAAGGGCACAAAGCGCACUGCGCUGGACGGCUCAGGCCCGAUCUGUCGGACACCCCCCCCGGCUGCACCCCGGGGCCCUGGGCGUGCACCCAGAGCGGCACCUCCCGGGCAGGCAAAGGACCAGAGCAUCACCCCUGA